AUGGGACGGUGGACGCCGAAACUUUCAACACAAAUAGUGUGUCUGAUCCUCAGCACCUGCAUAAUAUGCCAGUGUGGACUGAUCAACGGGGAAAUCUGCCAGAGUAAAGACAUCCGGAAUAAUGUGACCAACCUGCAGAUGCUGGAAAACUGCACAAUCAUCGAAGGCUACCUACAGAUUCUACUCAUGUUUAAAACAAAGACUGAAGACUUUCGAGGCCUCAGUUACCCGAAACUCAGAGUGGUGACCGAGUACGUGUUGCUCUUCAGAGUCUACGGGCUGGAGACUCUUGCACAACUCUUCCCAAACUUGACUGUGAUCCGCGGAAACAAGCUCUUCUUCAACUACGCGUUGGUGGUAUACGAGAUGCUACAGAUGAGAGAACUGGGUUUGCACAGUCUUAUGAACAUCACCAGAGGAGCAGUAAGAAUUGAAAAGAAUGAUGACCUCUGCUAUCUGGCAACCCUUGACUGGUCCAAGAUCCUGGACUCAAUGGAAGACAACUACAUUGUGGCGAACAAAAACGAGAGGGAGUGUGGAGAUGUAUGUCCUGGGACAGCGCAGGGCCAGACCAUCUGCCCUCUGAACACCAUCAACGGGCAUUUUCGGGGUCGAUGCUGGUCACAGGAGCACUGUCAGAGAAUAUGCUCAGACAGCUGCAAACACGGAGCAUGUACAUCCCGGGGCCAGUGCUGCCAUGAUCAAUGUCUGGGUGGUUGCUCGGAGCCUGGUAAUUCCAGCAGCUGUGUGGCCUGCAGAAACCUUCAACAUGGAAGUACUUGUGUGGAGAAGUGUCCUCCUGGGUACUACGUCUUCAGAGGCUGGCGCUGCAUUACCUUUUCCUACUGCCAGGAACUGCACAACCAGUGUCAACAAAUGAAGAUGAAUCAGGACCAAGCCAGCUGCUCGGAAUAUGUCAUCCACAACGGUGCCUGCAUCCCAGAGUGUCCAUCUGGAUACACUACAAAAGACGCCUUUACACUGACCUGUUCCCCAUGUGCCGGCCGCUGUCCCAAAUUGUGUGUGGGAAACAAAACUAUUGACUCAGUAACUUCAGCCCAGGCUCUGAGAGGCUGCACUGUGCUCCAAGGCAACAUGAUCAUCAAGAUUCGAGGAGGCAAUAAUAUUGCAGCAGAGUUGGAAGCUAACUUGGGUCAGCUCGAGGAGAUCACGGGGCACCUGACUAUCCGCAGAGCCUAUGCCCUCGUCUCCCUGUCCUUCUUCCGAAAACUGACCACCAUUAGAGGAAAACAUCUUGAACAAGGUGAUUUUGCCUUUUAUGCGCUGGACAACCAAAACCUUCGUGAGCUCUGGGACUGGUCCAAACACAACCUGACCAUUGUUAACGGCUGCGCCUUCUUCCACUUUAAUUCCAAGCUUUGCAUGUCUGAGAUUAGACGUAUGGUGGAUGUAACAGGAGUGAAGAACUGCAACAAAAAGAAUGAAAUUGCUGCCCGAACCAAUGGGGACCAAGCUGCCUGUGAGACCAAACGUUUAACAUUUACCUCUGUCAAGAUAUCAUUCAAUAAGAUUGUGGUCAAGUGGGAACCGUUCUGGCCACCAGAUUAUCGGGAUUUAUUGGGUUUUAUGGUCCUUUACAAAGAGGCGCCUUUCAAGAAUGUGACAGAAUUUGAUGGCCAGGAUGCUUGUGGCUCAAACAGCUGGAUUAUUGCUGAUGUUGAGCCCCCGCGUCGUGGGACAGAAGGCAAGAAGCAGGAAGACCCGGGUCACCUGAUCCGACCACUUAAGCCUUGGACUCAGUACGCCAUCAUGGUGAAAACCCAGCUCUCUGCCUCCGAGGAGCACCCGGUCCACGGAGCAAAGAGCGAGAUCCUGUAUGUCCGCACCAGUGCCUCCAAGCCUUCUGUUCCUCUGGUGUAUAUUUCCUCCUCUAAUUCAUCUUCUCAGAUUAUCUUGAAGUGGAAGCCUCCAACCAAUCCUAAUGGCAACAUUACCCACUAUCGAGUCAUCUGUAGAAAGCAGCCUGAAGACAGUGACCUUUACAAAUUUGACUAUUGUUUACAAGGGAUGAAACUACCUUCUCGGACCCCUACCCAUUUGGACAUCGACGACAAACAGGUGUGGAAUAAUACUGAAGAGCCCAAUGUGGGGAAGUGUUGCACUUGUCCCAAGACUGACCUCCAACUCAAGAAGGAGCAGGAGGAGAUCGAGUUUGGCAAAGCCUUUGAAAACUAUCUUCACAAUGAAAUCUUUGAGAUCAGACCAGCCAGGCGCAGACGCUCACUGGGAGUUGCCAAUGCCACCCAUUCCCCCUUCAUACAGAGCACCUUCACCUAUGACUCCACCACUCUCACCCCUGAAGCUAAAGAGAAAGAAGGAUCCAAGGUUGAGCUCAAUGUGUUUUCUAAGGAGUCUACGGUCAUCUCCAACCUUCAACACUUCACUAGUUACAAGAUUGAAGUCAUGGCGUGUAACCAUCCCACGGACCCAGAUCGCUGCAGCAUGCCUACCUAUGUCAGCGCUCGCACCAUGCCUGAAGAAAAGGCAGAUGAUAUUCCAGGUCCUGUAACCCAUGAAGUAAUGCAUGGUGAAACUCACUCCGUACUCAUCAAGUGGAGUGCCCCCGUCUCCCCUAAUGGCCUCAUCAUUUUAUAUGAAGUAUUCUAUAAGAGAGAAAGCGAUACAGAGAUUCAUACUGCUUGUGUAUCACGGCCAGCUUACAUUAAAAUGUUAGGCACAAAGCUGUCUCUUGUGCACCCAGGAAACUAUAGUGUGAGGAUCCGGGCCACCUCUCUGGCAGGAAAUGGGUCCUUUACAGAGGCCACUUACUUCGUCAUGCCAAACAAAGAUCCGGAUGUUGUUUGGCUUGUUAUUGGGCCAGUUAUUUGCGUCAUCUUGCUGCUUAUUGUAGGGACUGGUGUAUUUGUUGUUCUCAAAAAGAGGCAGACUGAAGGCCCAACAGGGCCCCUUAUCGCCUCAUCUAACCCGGAGUAUAUCAGUGCAAUUGAUGUGUAUGUUCCUGAUGAGUGGGAGGUGCCCCGUGAGAAGAUCAAUGUAUUGAGAGAACUGGGACAGGGAUCUUUUGGUAUGGUGUAUGAAGGAAUCGCCAAAGACAUUGUCAAAGGAGAGCCAGAGAUGCACGUCGCUGUCAAGACGGUUAAUGAGUCGGCCAGUCUGAGAGAGAGGAUUGAGUUCCUAAAUGAAGCCUCUGUCAUGAAAGCCUUCAGCUGCCACCAUGUGGUCCGCCUGCUUGGUGUGGUAUCCAAAGGUCAGCCUACACUAGUGGUCAUGGAGCUAAUGACCCAUGGGGAUCUUAAAAGUUACCUGCGUGGUCUAAGACCUGACUCAGAGAACAACCCUACAGGCCGGUCACCUCCCACGUUGAAAGAAAUGAUCCAGAUGGCAGCAGAGAUAGCUGAUGGUAUGGCUUACCUUAACGCCAAGAAGUUUGUACACAGGGAUCUCGCUGCCAGAAACUGUAUGGUGGCAGAGGACUUCACUGUUAAGAUUGGAGACUUUGGUAUGACGCGAGACAUAUAUGAAACGGAUUACUACCGUAAAGGUGGAAAAGGUCUGCUCCCUGUCAGGUGGAUGGCACCAGAGUCUCUGAAGGAUGGUGUGUUCACUGCCCACUCUGAUUGCUGGUCAUUUGGAGUCGUGCUGUGGGAGAUCACCACACUGGCAGAGCAGCCAUACCAGGGCCUAUCUAACGAACAGGUCCUCAAGUUUGUGAUGGAUGGAGGAUACCUGGACAGACCUGACAACUGCCCAGAGAGGAUGCACAACCUAAUGCAAAUGUGCUGGCAGUACAAUCCCAAGAUGCGUCCGAUGUUCCACGAGAUCAUCGAUAUGCUGAGAGAGGACUUGCAUCCAUCGUUUCAGGAUCUCUCCUUUUUCUAUAGUGAAGAGAACAAGGUCCCAGAGACGGAUGACUUUGACCUGGACUUAGACAACAUGGAGAGCAUCCCACUGGACCCGUCGUCGUACUCCCAAAGAGAAGAAAGUUUAGGCAGAGACUGUGGGCCAUCAGUGGGCCUGAGGGGGAACUACGAGGAGCAUGUUCCCUACACACACAUGAAUGGUGGAAAGAAAAAUGGACGAAUCUUAUUGUUACCCAGAUCCAGCCCAUCCUAA